AUGGGUCAAAAGGAAUACUCGGAGACUUUCUACCAUCCCUAUGAACCCUACGACAUUCAAAUACAAUUAAUGGAAACUGUAUACAGGGUACUAUCCGAAGGGAAGAAAAUAGCGAUUCUGGAAAGUCCCACAGGAACAGGCAAGACGCUGUCUUUGAUUUGCGCCACUAUGACUUGGCUAAGAAUGAAUAAAGCAGAUAUUUUCACCCGAAGGGAAGCUAAUUCUGAGAACAAUGAGAACGGGGGUGAGAGCGAGAGCGAGGAUGAACCAGACUGGGUUAAUGACACCUAUCGAGAGUCACUUCUACAAGAAAAGUUAGUUUCGUUGAAUGAGUAUGAAAAGCAUUUAAACGAACUUAACAUUACUGGUCGUAAGUCGUCGAAAACAAUUCAUGAUCUAAAUAAAGAAGACGGAAGAUACGGUGCAGUGGAAUCAUUAAGAAAAAGGCGCAGGCGUAAUCAGCACAUUGAUAUAUCACUUGAAGAACAAGAUUUUAUCCCACAGCCUUAUGAAUCCGAUUCUGAAACAUAUGAAACCAUCGUGGGCUUAAGAGGAGCACGACUACUUGACAAACAUCACAGAUUAAGCGAGCUGAGCUCAGAAAUAAAAACUCUGUUGAACAGAAUUGAUGGAAAGAUUUCAAUGGAUUCGAGCAACAGUAAUUGUUUUGCAGUUUUAAAUCAAAACCCAGUGAAGAUAUAUUUUGCCUCUAGAACUUAUUCUCAAUUAAGUCAAUUUACUUCGCAAAUAAGGUUGCCCACAUUUCCAUCAUCAUUUAGAAAUAAGGUCCCCGAUGAAAAAGUAAAAUACCUACCACUGGCUUCAAAAAAACAACUAUGUAUCAAUCCCAAAGUAACGAAAUGGAAGACGCUCGAGGCUAUUAAUGACGCGUGUACGGAUGCUAGACACAGUAAAGAAGGCUGUUCGUUCUAUCAGAAUACAAAUGAAUGGCGUCACGCUCCUGACACAUUGGCCCUUAGAGAUACGAUAUUCUCAGAAAUUCAAGAUAUUGAAGACUUAGUUCCCUUAGGGAAAUCUUUGGGAAUAUGUCCGUAUUAUGCAUCUAGAGAAGCCCUCCCUAUUGCGGAGGUUGUGACUUUGCCAUAUCAAUAUUUACUUUCUGAGUCUACACGUUCGAGCCUCCAGAUAGACCUUCAAGAUGCUAUAGUAAUCAUUGAUGAAGCUCACAAUUUAAUAGAAACAAUAAAUUCUAUAUACUCCUCCGAGGUUUCCUUAGAAGAUUUGAGGAAUUGUCAUAAGGGGAUUUUAACGUAUUUUAACAAAUUCAAAUCUAGACUUAAUCCUGGUAAUAGGGUAAACUUAUUAAAAUUGAAUUCACUUUUAACGACGCUGAUUCAGUUUAUAACCAAAAAUUUUAAGAAAAUAGGACUAGAGAUAGACCCAAAUGAUAUGUUUGAAGGAAGCAACAUAGACACAUUAAACAUUCAUAAAAUAUUGAGAUACAUAAAAGUCUCUAAAAUUGCUUACAAAAUUGAUGCGUAUACUCAGGCUUUAGAAGACAUAGAAUCGGUAAGAAAUGAAAAACAGACAAACGGAGCACAUAGAAAACCGGUAUCCUCACAACCGCUGCUUUUUAAAGUUUCUAAAUUCUUAUCCUGUUUAACAAACUUGACCUCAGAGGGGCAAUUCUUUUUUGAAAAAGGCUGUUCAAUAAAGUACAUGCUUCUGGAACCAAGUGAACCUUUUGACUCAAUCCUAAAUCAAGCAAAAUGUGUACUGUUGGCAGGGGGGACAAUGGAACCAGUUAGCGAGUUUUUGACAAACUUGUUUCCAAAAGUUUCUUCCGAAAGCAUUACAACUUUUUCCUGUAACCAUGUCAUACCGAAGGAAAAUUUGAAAACUUAUGCUACAAAUCAGUCCGAAUUUGAAUUUACAUUUGAAAAGAGGAUGUCUCCUUCCCUUAUAAAUGAUCGUUUAUUCCAGUUUUUCGUUGAAUUGAGCGAAGCAGUUCCUCAAAAGGGAGGUAUAGUAGCUUUUUUUCCAAGUUAUCAGUAUUUGGCACAUAUCAUCGAGUGCUGGAAACAAAAUGAAAACUUAACUCAUUUAAAUAAGGUCAGAAAGAUAUUCUAUGAAUCAAAGGACGGUGAGGAUAUCUUAGCCGGAUAUUCAGAAUCAGUGGCAGAGGGCAAAGGGUCUAUCUUAUUUGCUAUUGUUGGGGGAAAACUGUCAGAGGGAAUAAAUUUUCAAGAUAAUUUGUGCAGAGCAGUGGUGAUGGUCGGUCUGCCAUUUCCGAAUAUAUUUAGUGGAGAACUGAUAAUUAAAAGAAAGCAUUUGACAAAUAAAAUAAUGAAGUCAGGCGGGACAAAGGAAGAAGCUUCGCAGGCGACAAGGGAGUUUAUGGAGAAUAUUUGUAUGAAAGCAGUUAACCAGAGCAUUGGACGAGCUAUACGGCAUGCAAAUGACUAUGCAAAUAUUUAUCUGCUCGAUGUGCGAUAUAACAGACCCAACUUCCGGGAAAAAUUGUCGCGUUGGGUGAAAGACUCAAUCAAUUCUGAACAAACAAUUAACCAAAUUAUUUCUUCAACGAGGUUAUUUUUCGCAGCACACAGCAGAAAUGCUCACUAG